AUAUAAAACGAUGCGCACGAGCUCCCUUCUUCCUGAAAAAAAAUUAAUAAUAAACUAAAAAAAAACCCACUCUUUCUCUUUUCUUCCCAAAGUCUAAUUUCUUACUCCAUAAAACUUUCCCAAGAUAAUAUAGAGAGAGAACAACAACAAAAAAAACACUAAAAAUGUGCACAACAACCAACAAUGGCGAAACGGCGUCGUCUACAACUACAAAUUCCGACUGGAGAGAAGAAACAAUCAACAGUGGAUCUCUACGCCACGUGGACCUUCACAAAGGAUCCAACGGCUGGGCUUCACCGCCUGGAAAUCUCUUCACUCUCCGAUCAAAACAAUAUUUGUCGAAGAAGAUGAAGUCUCCGGCUUCCGUUGACUAUCUAUUGAAACCUACCGCCGUUGACUGGCUUCGGUCAACGUCUAAGCUUGAGCACGUGCUGUCACGUGAGGAUAAUCGUGUCAUGCGCGCGCUUAGGUCUCGUCAGUGUAAUGGAAGCUUCAUGAAGUCUUUUGUUUUUGCUGUUAAUCUUCAAGUUCCAGGAAGGGAGCACCACAAUGCAGUAUUCUACUUCUCGACAGACGAGCCGAUUCAACAAGGUUCAUUGUUAGAUCGAUUCAUAAAUGGUGAUGAUGGGUUUAGGAAUAGCCGUUUGAAGCUAGUGAAUCGGAUAGUGAAGGGACCAUGGAUAGUAAAAACAGCUGUUGGGAACUACAGUGCAUGUCUUUUAGGGAAGGCAUUGACAUGUAGGUAUCAUAGGGGACCGGACUACUUGGAGGUCGACGUGGACAUUUCAAGCUCGAAGAUAGCUGGCGCAUUGGUACACCUUGCAUUGGGGUGUGUGACGUCAGUGACCAUAGACAUGGGGUUUGUCGUGGAAGGUCAGAGCGAGGAGGAGUUGCCGGAGAAGUUGAUCGGAGCAGUGAGGAUUUGUCAAAUGGAGAUGGAUUCAGCCGAGUUUGUUGACUCUAAUACGCCGUCUUGUAAUGGGGUUGGUGUAGGAAGGUUGGGGUUGGCUAAGGUAAAUCACGUUGAUGGAGAAGGAAGUAGUAGUGACCAAUCUCCUAGAGUUCAUUCUUAGGGUAAUUUGGUAUUAUUACUAGGAUUAAGAACUAGUAAUGCGGAGUUGUUGAAGACUUGGAGAGUCAUUGAAUUGUACUUUUAAGCUUAAAUUAUCACAUGAUUCAAUUGAUAUACGGCGUCGUUUCAAGUCAGGUGGAUGGGAAGGCGGAAGAGGGCGAUCAACGGUGGCGGUCGAUGUGAUGAAAUUGAGAAACAACUGUUAUGAUGAUGAUGAAGAUGUAUUAGUUUAUUUUUUGUUGUCAACUUUUGCUAUAUUUCUCUACUUGUCUUUGGAUCUCCUCUGGCAAAAUUGAAAAAAUAAGGAGGAUUCUUUCAAUGAUAACGAUGAUGUAUACACAAGAGUUAAAAGUAUGCUGUCAAAGCCUUGUUGCUAUGGUGAUUGAUUUUGAUGGUUUGAUUUUGUAGAUACCCAACCACUUUUUUUUCAAAAAAGUUGUGAAUUUGUCUACA